CGGGCUUCAGUAGUUGUGGCACACGGGCUUCAGUAGUUGUGGCUCGCGGGCUCUAUUGCGCAGGCUCAGUAGUUGUGGCGCACGGGCUUAGUUGCUCUCUGGCAUGUGGGAUCCUCUCGGACCAGGGAUCAAACCCGUGUACCCUGCAUUGACAGGCGGAUCCUUAACCACUGCGCCACUAUGCAAGUCCCUGUUUACCUCUUAACCUUGGCUGGGCACUCCAGAGAUGGAUGUGAAGAAAUAGUAUCUGGCCCAGGGAGUGAAGAGCCCCAGCUUCAGUGGGGUUCUGGCCUUCCAUCUGUUGCCACCACUUUCGCCUAAAAGCAACAGUUGUGGGGCUUGAGGUAGGUAAAUGUAGGUGGUAGGGAACAUGUAGUUGUUAAUGUAAAUGAAAAUGUUGAUGGGAGAGUGUAGUCUAUAAAAUCACCCAUUUUGUACCCUUCUUCGCACCCUCCUUUCCCAAGGUAUGGCCCUAUACCUUGCCCCAUUGCCUAGGCCCCAGCUACCCGUGCCGCAGGGCUAGUGGGAUCUUAAUUCCCCCACCAGGGAUUGGCUCAGGUGUUCAGGCAGUGAAAGCGGGGAGUCCUAACCAACCACUGGGCCACUGGGGAACUUCACCGCCCCCCCCCCCAUCACCUUGCCUAGGUCUUUGUAAGACCUGGCUUUGCGGGGGAUUAAUUGCCUUGGUAUCCUAGAGCCAAGAGGAUCUCAAAUUCUUUUCUGCAUAGAUAAUUCUGAGGCCAAGAAAGGACACGACUGGAGUGAAAUAAUAUAGCUAGUGUCGCUGUUGCAUUUUUCUUCCCAAACCCCCACUGCAUAUACAGUGAGGACUCAGUAAAUGUCGACCGUGUGAAAGGGCUUAGGGAAAACAAAAAUAUCCCCAGAAUUUGGCUUAUUUGGACCUCCAACCUAUCGACUGUAUCCUGCCUAUUUGGGGGGAAAACCACGCCGUUUCCCUGACAAGUGAACACCUCCAGACACUUACUCGGGAAAGGAAGCGGGAGGGAGCUAGUGUACCCCCAGGCUUUUCGGAAGGGCUCCAUGGGAAGAAGGGCUGGCAGGAGGCCCUAGAAGGUUGAGCUGCAGGAGGUCGCGUGCGUGAAAUCCCGCUUCCGGUCGGAUGGAAGGGCGGAGCUUUGGGUCUCAGUGGACACCGGCUUCUCCUAGCAACGGGGCAGGCGUUGAGCAGAGCCGCUGGAGGAAUGGACGAAGAGAGCCUCCUAUUGUCUCUGGAGCUGGCGUCCGGUAGUGGGCAGGGCCUCAGCCCGGACCGUCGGGCCUCACUGCUCACUUCCCUUAUGCUGGUUAAACGCGACUACCGUUUCGAUCGGGUCCUUUUCUGGGGCCGCAUCCUCGGCCUCGUCAACGAUUACUACAUCGCGCAGGGCCUGAGCGAGGACCAGCUCGCACCGCGCAAGACCCUGUACAGCCUGAACUGCAUGGAGUGGAGCCUCCUGCCCCCUGCCACAGAGGAGAUGGAGAUGCAGACGUCUGUGGUGAAGGGCCGCUUCAUGGGGGACCCCUCACAUGCGUAUGAACACACCGAGCUGCAGAAGGUGAAUGAGGGCGAAAAGGUCUUUGAAGAAGAAGUAGUGGUCCAGAUCAAGGAAGAGACCCGCUUGGUGUCCAUCAUUGACCAGAUCGACAAGGCUGUGGCUGUCAUCCCCCGAGGUGCCCUCUUUAAGACCCCUUUUGGACCCAUCCGUGUCAAUCGGACCUUUGAAGGACUGUCCUUGUCUGAAGCCAAGAAGCUCAGUUCCUACUUCCACUUCAGGGAGCCUGCUGAGCUGAAGAACAAGACCUUGCUUGAGAAGGCUGACCUGGACCCCUCCCUGGACUUCAUGGACUCCUUGGAGCAUGACAUCCCCAAAGAGUCUACAUGCCACAGCCCAGAAGACCCACAGAGAGCCCCUCGACCUUGUGCCAUGCCCUCUGAAGCCCCAGGCAGCAACGAGCUGAGGAUGGGGCCAGGUUGCAAGGUUAAAUCCCACAUCUUCUAAGCCCCCUGUGACCAGAUGUAAAUGGAUUCUUGGGCUUCCUUUGAACCAUCAGACCGCUUUGGAUGAGUCAAGGAGAGAGUCAAGAAUUAAGAAUCAGAAUCAAGACAGACCACGUCCCCUCCCAACUCUCACAGCAUGGCUGAGAGGGUUAAAGAAAAGUCGCCCACCUGACCCGGAGGGGCCUGGCAUGCCUAUCUCCAUGGUCCUGGUCCUCAAACUGACUCGCUGCCCUGGCAGGUACCUCGCUGUAUAACGGCAGGUUUGUUUUAAUCACUGGAAAGCUCCCGGGGGACCCAGGCCCCCAAAUGCCACCCCUGUAAUCUCCAGACUCUGAUGAAAAGAACUUGGAUUGGAUUAUCCAGGGAUAAUACACUGGUCUCACAGCCCCAGUGCCCCCACUGCAGGCUGCCAAAAAGGCUGACAGCUUUGUGCAGCUCAAAGUGGCAGUGCCCUGAGCGGAAAGGGUAAAAGGAAAACAACUUCUUCAGCCUUUACCUUGGAGGGGACUGGAUUUCUUCUGCUUGAUAAACAGAGCCAAGUCCAUUUCCUGGAAAUGGCUCGUAGGAAGAGUGCCCCAUGGUGAUCAGGCAGGUGUGGGGUUCACCUCUCUAUUCACAGCUGGGAUUCUAAGUAUGGCCAGGACCCCACUAACUUCCAUGUCACAAGAAGCUGAGAGCAGUGCCCCGUGGCCUGCAAGUUCCCUGUUACUCCAGGUGGCCAUCAGCGGAAGGGCCGGGACAGGUCAAAAGAAUACCCCCACCCCCACCCCGGGGUGGCCUGAAGCCAAGGCUCCCAGCCCAGGAGAUUAGUUGGGUCAUUCUGUUCAGAUCCCGUGGACAUGUGGCCUCUCCUGCUCUGACCACCUGACCGGGAUCUCUGCCCUUAGUCAUCCCAUUCCACAGAGGGGCAUAGGGACAACCUGCAGGUCAAACUGGCCCAGAGUCUGAAUCACCUGAAACCUAAAAACACGGUUGCUUAAUGUCACCAAUAGAAUGCUAAAGGACAAGUAUGGAUUUCUCUAGGGCUGCGUCCUUUCCCCCAGGCCCGCCCCAUCUCUAGACAUGAUAUAGAGUAGUAGCUGGGAUCAUAGGCUCUGCCUGGGUUUUGUAGCCCCAGAGUGUGCAUCCCAGCUCUGAUACUUACUAGCUGGGUGGGUGAUCUGAGGCAAGUUCAUUAACUUGUUCAUUAACAAGGUCAUGCCUCAAAUUUCCUCAUCUGUAAAACAAGGAUGAAAAUAGUACCUACUUCACAGGGAUAUUGGGAAAACUAAGUGAAUUAUGCCCCAUAGGUGCUUACACACAGAGCAGCACCCCGUACAACUCACCUAUUGUUGUUCACUCUUGUCAUCUCUCUGUGAAACAACAGCUCUAGAAGACCUACAGCAAACAGGGGUCUCUGUAGCUCCAAUAUGGAAAGAGAAUGAUAUAUCCCCAGAUCAUAGUAAGGACUCUCCAGAGAUGUCCUCAUUAUAAAAGGAGGAAAGCCAAGCUCAGAUUCUGAUUCCACCCCCCUGGGAACACAGCCCUACGAGACUGGGCUCCAGGGCCCUGGUGGUCUGAAUCGACCGCAACCAGACCAUGAACUAAGUCAGUGACUCUCCACCCUCGCUGCACAUUAGAAUCACCUGGGGAGCUUUAAAAUAUAAUGAUGGCUGGGCUCCACCCCAGGCCAACAGAAACAUCUGGAGGUGGAGCCUGAGCAUUUUUAAAACUGGACAAAAUGCUUCUGUCUUGGUGGUUCCAUGAGAUGCUGCUUAAGCCCACAGGGAACACGAGCUCCAAGACGCGCAGACAUGUGUGUCUGUGCCCAGACUCACCUCGU